AUGAUUGGGAUGCUUCGGGAGCCCAAGUCCCACGGAGCCUCAAAGGACCGCAAGGACCGCAACCCGCAAGGACCACAAAGCACCACAAGGACUUGGUUCCACUCAACUGAUGCACCGGACAUUUACUCUCCAUUAAUGGGGCCCCCCCCCUUUCCUCCAACCGCAAUUGGCCCUCACAAGUCUUCGGCUUUAAGCGACCCUGAUCCUUGA